AAAAAAUGAAUCUUUUUUGUUAGUUUUUGUUUUGGGGGUGCCUAUUUAUUUGCAUUCUUGAUGAUUUUGAUUGUACUAACAAGCUGUGAUCAUGGUAAAAAGGGUUUUGCUUCAAUUGAUUUUCUUUUGUUUUUCUUUUCCCCCCUUUAUUUUGCUUGGGUAUUUUGCUGGCUAACUUAAAAUUAUGAUCUUUAUUUGAUUCCCUUUGUUUAAAGGGGUUGCUACUGAUACCAAUAGUUAAAUUUGAAAUCCAGAGUUGACUUUUGCUUUUCUUUUUCCUUUUUUAAUUUUUCCAAUUGGGACUGGUGUAGUGAACCUAAAUGUUCUUGAUUCUUUUGUUUUCUGGUAAAUAAUUGGUGAUAUAAUGGGCUUGUUUUUGUUUUCUAGCAGUUGAUAAACUCAGUAAUGACAGCGGAAAUCUAUUUUAUUAUAGUUAAAAUGAAGGUGUUGUUGCUGAAUUGAUAGAACCUAGUAAUAAAGAGAUAGAAGCUCCAACGUUUUUCUUGUUACUUGGUUGGGAAUUAGAUGCUCAUUGAGAGGCGUUCUGAUCAAAUGGUGGUGCAGCUAUGCUGUCAAGUAUUUGCUUUUGUCUUGCCCCUUUCUUCCUUUAUAUUUCCAAUUGGGACUGGUGUAAUGGACCUGAAUGAUAUAGCGGCAGCUAAUUGGUGACAUGAUGGACUUGUUUUUGUGUUUUUGCAUUUUGCUUGAAGAUUAUCCCCAACCUCUCGUUGGUGAUUUUUCCCGUAAUUCCGUAGUAGAAUCUUCAACAUUUAGUUCAGAAGUUGGUCAUGCUACUCAACUUGAGACUGGAUCCUCAUCAGAAAGCACUAGUGGUCUUAUUCAGGAUGCUUUUGUUGAAUAUAAUUUGAUAAAUGCCGAAGUGAGCAUCAAUAGUGCAUGCCUUUCAAAUGACAAACAUUCAAUAUGUGACCAGGCAAGAGGCAGCUUGGCUGCAGCCGUUAGUACUGAAUCUUUGACGUGCUUGAAUACUGAAGACCCUCACAGUGUGCCAGAGGAGUGCAGAAGCUCAUGUUCACCUGUGGAUUCAAUGGAGAAUCAGGGGGAUGUACAUAUUGAGUCAAGUUCUGAUUCUAGAUCUAUUUCUGUUGCUUCCGACUCUAUACCUAGGCAUCAAUUUAACGAUGGUGAUGCCUCUGAAGAAGCAACAACUUCAAGUUCAGGAUUUCUUUUGUUGGAUAGUGAGCAUGGAGUAACCUCCACUCAAGAUGUGCUACAUGUUGAUGUGGUGAGUAUCUCUUCCGACAUUUUAGCUAGUAGCAUUGCUGAUAUAGGCACUCAAGAAACAAGAAGAAACAGUAGGAGGCUCUUUUGGGAUGCUAUAUCAAGACGCAGUUUAAGAAGGCAUAGUGAUUCUCCAACCAUUGUUUUCGCUACUGGUCAUGCUGAUGAUCUAGGAUCUCGUGACAGAUGGCUAAUUGAUUUUAAUGGUGAUCUCCACUAUGAUGGAGUUGGUGGAUUUGAUUCUGGUUAUGGGGCUGGUAGAAAUCAUCGCAGAAGUGAACAAAGACAGCCAACAAGAUCCGAGAUAUCUGAAAGAGUUCUUGAAGGCCUCGGUAGUCGAGUUCCACAGCAAAAUCUUUGCUCAUCAGGGCUUCAUCCUGAUGGUACAUGUUCAUGUGAACCAUUACUCACAACUGAAGAUUUCAGUACACUUGCAAGUAUUUCACGAAUAAUUAUGCUUGCUGAGGCCUUAUUUGAGGUGCUGGAUGAGAUUCAUCGACAAUCUUUCACACUUUCGCUAUCUACGCUUUCACUUCCAGCUCCAGAUUCUGUUGUGGACUCGUUUCCUCUCAAGUAUCACAAGAAGUUAGAAGCUGUAGACAAUGCUCCUACUGAUGUCCAACAGUGCCACAUUUGUUUGGCAGAGUAUGAGGAGGGUGACAAACUGAGGGUCCUCCCUUGCCGCCAUGAAUAUCAUAUGCAUUGUAUCGAUAAAUGGCUUAAGGAAGUAAACCGGGUAUGCCCAGUUUGCCGGUGCAAUGUUUGCGAGAAUCCUGGGGUUGGUUCUGUCUCAAAUUCAGAAGCUUCUUAACGAUGGUGCUAACUGUAAAUAUAAAACAGAUUUAGGUGAAAAGGUAACAAUGUUGUAUUGAAUUGUGUUAAUACAGCUGCAAGAUUGUAAAUAUAUAUGAUAUAGGUAAAAUGUGGGUUGAAUUAGUUGUGAUAAUUUCUUUUUUCCUUCA